AUGAUUUCAUCAGUUCCCGGGGGGCCCCUUGGGGGGCCCCCUUCGUCUUCGUACCCUCUAGUAGAUCAAUUUAAAGCAGCAGAAGUUGAAUUAAGGGAAAUGGACCUCGCACAAAUGAUCCUUAAGCAGCAGCAGCAGCAGCAAGAUCAUCACCAUCAGCAGCAGCAAGAACAGCAGCAGCAAGUAGAUGGAAGGAUCGUUGGGCUGAGUGGCCUCCGUGGGCAGUGCAUGCAAUUCGAUGAGCUGCCUCUAGCAGCAGCAGCUGCUGCUGCUACCGCUGCUGCUGCACGCCGGCACAAGAAGGGACUGGCAAGAACAACAGCGAGCAGCAGCAACACCAGCAACAGCAACACAGUCUCCUCAGGCUUACCUGAGACAGCGGUAGCAGCAGCUAGAGCAGCAGCAGAAGCAAUUGUUGCUGCUGCUGCUCAAGACGGAGGCGGUGCGUUGUCUCCCUCAGCAUCAGCACAAGCAGGAGCAGCAGAAGCAGCAGCAGCAGCAGCUGCUGCUGCUGCAACUCCUCCUGUGUAUGCUUUCCCACAUUGCCCUGGGGCCUUUUUGCUGCCAGGGGUUUUGUCGCUGCAGCAGCAGCUGUUGCUGACUGAUGAAGCAUUCUCUUCUUUGCUGCGGCCCCCUGCUGUCUGUAACCUCUGCCAACAACUGCAGCAGCAGCAGGAAGAGCAGCAGCAAGAGCAGCAGCAACAGUUGGGUAGCGCCAAGACUCAGGACUCCACAGCGGAAGGAAAUGCCUCUGCUGCUGCAGUGUCAGCAGAAGCAGCGACAGCAACAGGAGAAGCAGUAACAGCACCAGCAGCAGUAUCACCAGCAGCAGCAGCAGCAUCGGCUCCCGCUGCGGUUAUUCCCCAUAAAUGCAGCCGCUUGCCUUUGCUGCAGCAGCAUAUAAACUCUAAUACGACGGCGCUGCUGCUUCCGAGGCCUAGUAACAGCAGCAGCUCGCAUGUGUCGGGCCAGCAGCAAGUCCCUGAGUCUGCUGCGGAUGAAGCAGCAGCACUGCAACAGCUGCUGCUGGUGCUGCUGCCUCCCCCCGUAGGUUUGCGCUGGUCUUCUAUUGGCUCGCAAGUCUAUAACUGGGGCAGCCGCACAUAUUAUAACCAGCAGCAGCAGCAGCAAGAGCGGCGGCGGGAGGAUUUGGAGGAAACCAACAGUAGAAGCAGCACCUCUCGUACCAGCAGCAGCAACAGCAGCAGCAACAACAACAACAAAGGCAGCAACGCCAGCAGCAGCAACACCAGCAGCAGCAGCAGCAGCAGCGGCCCGCCUCUGCCCCCUGUGCUGCACCGCAUUGCUGGGUGGGCUCUGCAGACAGCAGCCCUGCAGCAGCAGCAGCAACGCGCUGCAGCAGCCCCAGCCGCAGCAGCACCAGCAGAAUUAGCUGCGAAGCUUCAGAUGGCUUUAGUAAAUGUAUAUAGACAAGGAGACAGAUUAAGGGGACAUAAAGAUGAUGCAGAGACAGAUACCAUCAUUCCUCUUAUAUCCAUCAGGGAGACUCCAAUUCCAGUGGUGUUGCGAUCUGGAGACGUUUUAAUUCUCUCAGGGUCGGCACGACUUGCCCUUCAUGGUGUUCCCAAACUUCUCUACUACACACCUGUGCUGCCUGCGUCGAGAUCAGCAGCAACAAAGCUUGCUGCAGGUGGCGCUGCUGCCGGUGCUGCUAAGCAUGACCCUUGUAGCAGCAGCAGCAGUAGCGCUGUAGACGAUGCUGCAUCGCCUCCUCAUCCGUUGCUGUUACAUCCAACUCAUCAGCCGCAGCAAGCGCAGCAGCAGCAGCAGCAGCAGGAGCAGGAGUUGAUUGCCUUUGUGCGUUGCUUACCUCAUUUGCUGCGAGUAGAAGCGACACUUAAAUUUGUGCUGCAGCAAAAGGAGGCACGUGUGGGGUAUUGGCAGAAGCGGCUACUUGAGGUGUAUUCGCAGCUGCAGCAGUUGCGACUUAACUUUAGCUGUCGAGGAGAUUAA